CCAGCGGCUGGGUUGUGACCCCCCCCCCCCCACACACCCACGUGUGUUUGCUUAUAUGGAUCCUGUCAGACAGCACUAACCUCCACACUGUCAGGGACAUUAAGCACCACAGAGGAAUGUGCGUGUUCGUGGAUGCUAAGAACUUUCAGCAGACAUCAUGACUGGUCAAAGUCCAUCACCUGCAGCCAGUAAGGACAUUACUCCAGUCCAGGGGAUGGUGGCGUCCUGCUCUGGAGCCAUCAUCACAUCUCUGUUCGUCACACCGUUGGAUGUUGUGAAGAUCAGACUUCAAGCACAGAAGAAUCCCUUCCCCAAAGGAAAAUGCUUUGUCUACUGUAAUGGACUGAUGGAACACAUUUGUGUGUGUGAAAACGGGAACUCCAAGGCCUGGUACAAAGCCCCCGGUCACUUCAGUGGCACCCUGGAUGCCUUUGUAAAGAUUGUACGCUAUGAGGGAAUAAAGGCAUUAUGGAGUGGUCUACCUCCCACCCUUGUGAUGGCAGUCCCAGCCACAGUGAUCUACUUAACAUGUUACGACCAGCUGUAUGCAGCUCUCAGGCUCAGGAUGGGCACCUACGCUGAGGAGGCUCCACUCCUGGCCGGAUCUAUUGCGAGAGUGGGUACGACGACAGUGAUCAGCCCCCUGGAGCUGAUGCGCACUAAGCUGCAGUCUGAGAAACAGACGUACAGGGAGCUGACUCAGUGCAUCCGCUCGGCAAUGGAGACGGAGGGCUGGCUGUCUCUGUGGAGAGGUCUGGGACCCACGCUGCUCCGGGAUGUGCCCUUCUCGGCCAUGUACUGGUACAGCUACGAGAAGGGCAAACGCCUGCUCUGUGAACAUUACAACGCCAGAGAACCUACAUUCAGCAUCACCUUCAUAUCUGGAGCAGUGUCGGGCUCUAUUGGCUCCAUUGUUACUUUACCUUUUGAUGUUGUCAAAACAAGGAGGCAGGUGGAGCUGGGAGAGCUACAAGCAAAGAAUUUGUCCAGUGGGGUCUCAUCCUCCACCUUCAGUGUGAUGAGCAGAAUUGUGGCACUGGAAGGCUUUCGUGGACUGUUCGCAGGUUUCCUCCCCAGGUUGGUCAAAGUGGCCCCGGCCUGUGCCAUCAUGAUCAGCACUUAUGAGUCUGGAAAAGACUUUUUCCACAAACACAACCAGGAGCAGAGGCUGAGGCUGCAACAGACCAACGCCUGAAACUUCUCCUGGCACAUCAAAUAACUACUGCUGCUCUAUAGCUGGAAGGAGGAAGCUAAAAUUGCCAAAUUUAAAAUAAGCAGAAAUGGGAGGACUGCAUCGCAAAUCAAAACUUAUAUCAAAAUAUUUGUAUUAUAGUAUUUAUUUGUCAAUAUUCCAUGAUUUUAUGUGCACUACUUGAGCUCCUGUGCGCACAAGUGAAAAUAUUAUUGAUAUCACUUGUGUGGAGAUGCUGUGAUCAGCCAGCAGAUGGCAGUUUUGUUAAUGUAGAAUUCCCCAGGUUUGACAUCACUGGCUGUGUCACUGGCAUCAUGAGCAUUUAGCUUGAAGUCCUUACAUUUUAUUACACUGUGUCUGUUCCUCCAUCACCAAGAGACAACCUCUGUGUUUUUGCACUGCAACACUAAAUCCGCUGUUACCUGUAAAUGUAUGUUUGCAGUAGAAAUAAUAGCUUUAUUGUUUGACUGAUGUGUUUGGAUUCAGGCCCUUUAGCGCAGUCAUCCCUAAGGAGUGUUGGAAACAAGUUUUUAUAUUUAGAAACUAACCAUUUUAAACUAACCUAGAACAGCAUCAUGUAUUUAAAAUUCUUAUGUACAGGAAUUUAUUUAAUUUGUCUUUCAAUAGACGGAGGAAAAUAUCACGUUUAACCCUGCAGAUUGAGUUUUGUUCAAAUCUAAAUCAGAAAGUGAAUUAAACACCUUAUUUUUCUUGCACUGGCACAAAGGCUUUGUGUUUUAAGAUGUUUAUAUUGUGCAUUUCAGUUUUUCAGAUGCAGUUUGUUUUUUCCAAAAUUGUUCCCCUUCCAACACUUUGUCUGAUAUACAUGCAGUUUUUAUAUAGGGCCAAUUUAAAACACUGGCCACACACUUUAUACGAGCUGAUAUAUAAAGUUAAAUUAUAUUUAGCUUCAAAUGCCUUUGAAUUUGUGAUUAAAUUACCUUUAACUUUUGAAAAACCUUUGUAAAGGUCACAGGCCAAAACGUAUCAGUCUAAGUUGAUAUCCUGCAAUAUCCUGUUGUAUCCAAUAUCAUGCAAGUGUUGCUGGAGUUUUGACUGCUUUAGUAAAACGUCUAAAAUGUU